AUGCAGCUGAACACUGUGCUACCUGGAAUGGAGAUUUGCAAGGUGCUAAUGGGGAAAUUAAAAUUACAGCCUGAGGUGGGCAGACCGUGCGGCUGGAGCAAGGCUGAAACUGUUGAGGAGCCCAGGGAGGAAGAAGAAGCAGCAAAAGAAGACAAAGAAGAAUCUGAUGAUGAAGCUGCAGUAGAGGAAGAAAAAGAAGAAAAGAAAUCAAAGAAUAAAAAAGAAAGUGAUGACCCCAUGGCUUAUAUUCACUUUACCGCUGAAGGGGAAGUUACCUUCAAAUCAAUUUUAUUUGUACCCACAUCUGAUCCACAUGGUCUAUUUGAUGAAUAUGGAUCUAAAAAGAGUGAUUACAUUAAGCUCUAUGUGCUCUGUGUAUUCAUCACAGACGACUUCCAUGAUAUGAUGCCUAAGUACCUUAAUUUUGUCAAGGGUGUGGUAGACUCAGAUGAUCUCCCCUUGAAUGUUUCCCUUGAGACUCUUCAGCAACAUAAACUGCUUAAGGUGAUUAGGAAGAAGCUUGUUUGUAAAACUCUGGACGUGAUCAAGAAGAUUGCUGGUGAGAAAUACAAUAAUAAUUUUUGGAAAGAAUUUGGUACCAACAUCAAGCUUGGUGUGAUUGAAGACCACUGCAAUCAAACAUGUCUUGCUAAACUUCUUAUGUUCCAGUCUUCUCAUCAUCCAACUGACAUUACUACCCUAGACCAGUAUGUGGAAAGAAUGAAGGGAAAACAAGACAAAAUCUACUUCAUGGCUGGGUCCAGCAGAAAAGAGGCUGAAUCUUCUCCAUUUGUUGAAAGACUUCUGAAAAAGGGCUAUGAAGUUAUUUACCUCACAGAACCUGUGGAUGAACACUGCAUUCAGGCCCUUCCCAAAUUUGAUGGGAAGAGGUUCCAGAAUGUUGUCAAGGAAGGAAUGAAGUUUGAUGAAAGUGAGAAAACUAAGGAGAGUCAUGAAGUAGUUUAGAAAGAAUUUGAGCCUCUGCUCAAUUGGAUGAAAGAUAAAGCCCUUAAGGACAAAAUUGAGAAGGCUGUGGUGUCUCAGCACCUGACAGAAUCUCCGUGUACUUUGGUGGCCAGCCAGUACGGACAGUCUGGCAACAUGGAGAGAAUCAUGAAAGCACAAGCAUACCAAACGAGCAAGGACAGCUCUACAAAUUACUAUGCAAGUCAGAAGAAAACAUUUGAAAUUAAUCCCAGACACCCACUGAUCAGAAACAUGCUUUGAUGAAUUAAGGAAGGUGAAGAUG